AUGCUUUCCCCCGUGGCGCAGCAGCAGCAGCAGAUGCUGCAGCAGCAGGAGCAGCAGGAGCAGCAGCAGCAGCAGAAUCUGACCCGGAUACAGACGCUGGCCCCCCCCUCGACGCCGAUGCAUUCCCCCGGGGCGCAGCAGCAGCAGAUGCAGCAGCAGCAGCAGCAGCAGGAGGAGGAGCAGCAGCAGCAGGUGAUACAUCUGCUGUUUCUCCUCAAGCGGGCUCUAUGCCUGGCUCUGUUCCUGGAGCAGCGAACGCAGCAGCACCACCACCAGCAGCAACAGCAGCAGCAGCAGCAGCAGCAGCAGCAGGAGGGGGGCAGCUUGAAUCCCCACUACAAAAGCUAA